ACCCCGCCUAUAUACGGCGUAAGCUGUCAAAUAACAGUAUUAUUAAUAAUACACUGUACACUAGUUAGGAUAGCAAAAAUCGAAUAAGAAAUUUAGUGAUUUGCGGCGAUUGUGAAACUUCGAGAUAAGUAGAAUCAAAAAUGGUCGUGAAAGUGUACAUUAGCGGCAUAUCCGGCAACAAAGAGGUCAAGAAGAGACAACAGCGGGUUCUUAUGAUCCUCGAUUCGAGGAACAUCAAGUAUGAGGUCGUCGAUAUAGCAGAGCCUGAUAACGAGGCCGACAAGGACUUCAUGCAGAACAAUUCCACUUCAUUGGGGGCCACCGUCGGGGACGCCAAUCCUAGACAUGCACUGCCUCCCCAGCUCUUCAAUGACACCACCUACUGUGGGGACUAUGAUCAAUUCGAUAUGGCCAAUGAAGUCGACGAGCUGGAGAAGUACUUGAAGUUGGCUCCAGACGAUGCCGCGCCAACCGUUACUUCCAGCGCCGAGGUUCAAUUAGACAACGGUGAAGCCGCAGACAGUGCCAAAAACGAGGUUGCCGAGGAAAGUAACGAAGCCGAAGCCGUGGAGGAAAACAACGAAGCCGAAGCUCUUGUCCAACCCACUGAUGCCAACAGUGAAGUUCCAGACGAAAACGGCGAGGCUGACGACGGCCACGGCGAUGUCGUCGAUGCGUAAGGUCAAUCCAUCCAAUUCAUUAUCCUCAUAUACAA